AGAGCCGAAGAUCUCGGCUCGGUCAUGUGAUCAGCUGUGUCCAAUCAUAGCUGAUCACAUCAGUGCCACCUGUCAGUGUCCAUCAAUGCCAGCUCUCAGUGCUCAUCAAUGCCACCUGCCAGUGCCCAUCAGUGCCACAUCAAUGCCACAUAUCAGUGCCUACCAGUGCACAUCAAUGCCACAUAUCAGUGCCCAUAUGAGCUGCCUUUCAGUGCCACCUAUCAGUGCCACCUAUCAAUGCCAGUCAGUGCCACCUAUCAGUGCUGUCAAUCAGUGCCAGUCAGUGCCACCUAUCAGUGCCAGUCAGUGCCCAUCAGUGCUGCCUAUCAGUGCCAGUCAGUGCCACCUAUCAGUGCCACCUAUCAGUAUCAUAUAUGAGUGCUGCCUUCCAUGCCCAUCAGUGAUGCCUGUCAAU